AAGGGAAUAUUCCCUGUAUUGUUGAUGUUUUGCGGCGAUGUGACUAACACUUAAAAAUGGCGGACAUAUUUAUGAAUGAUAAAGUAAAAUAUGGGUGUAGUUGUGGAUCGUAUCAUCCUAUAACUAAAAUAUAUUUCUGUAGACAUUGUUCUAAGUUAAGAUGUGGAGAUUGUGUUUCGCACGAGGUUGAUUCUCAUUAUUGUCCCAAUUGUUUGGAAUAUAUGCCCUCUCCAGAAGCUAGAGUAAAAAAACAUAGGUGUUCUAAUUGUUUUGACUGUCCAAGUUGUAUGCACACAUUAUCAAUUCGAGCUUCAAGUGUACAAUUGCCAAGUUUAGAUGAUCCAAAUAAAACAGUUCCAAAGAAAUUAUAUUAUCUUGCUUGUGGAUUUUGUCGUUGGACAUCUCGUGAUGUAGGGAUUCCGGAUCAAACUGGAGCUAGUGGAGGAUGGCAAGAACAAGAAAAUCCACAUUACAAAAGGAUUAGUUCUUUGCUGGAAUAUUAUCGUGUAUUGGCACAGCAAGAAAAAUUUGAAAAGGAAAGAAGAAAAUAUAGCCAAAGAUGUGGAUAUUUGCAUUUUUCAGAUAAAUAUGGGAUAUCAGCAGUUGUAUCACGCAAGAGAGCCGGAUUAAGUACAUCAAGUUUUUUAUGUUUUCUCAAAACUAACAAUGUUCAAUGGUCAAUUAUUAUUCUCAACAAGAAAACUGAUAAUCAUGUGGUAAUAGAAAUUUUUCCUAAGGAUAAAUAUGGGAUAUCAGCAGUUGUAUCACGCAAGAGAGCCGGAUUAAGUACAUCAAGUUUUUUAUGUGCUAAAGAAGAAGAUACAAAGACAUUAGAAGAAUUAGUUCCAGCUGAAGCUACUGAUGAAAUAGAACCUCUUGAUCCUAGUUUUAUAACAGAACCCCUCAAUUUAUCAAAAGUUUGUACACUUUCUCAACGUCUUUUCCAACCUGAAUUCCAACCCAGUUACUCUAAUGAAUUGUUUCCUCGUCAUCAGCAUCUGUUGAUUAAGAGAUCUCAGCGAUGUCGGGAAUGUGAACAUAAUCUAAGUAAGCCUGAAAUUAAUCCUUCCUCUAUCAAGUUCAAAAUUCAGUUGGCAGCAUUAUUUUAUCAUUAUAUUUGUACACUUUCUCAACGUCUUUUCCAACCUGAAUUCCAACCCAGUUACUCUAAUGAAUUGUUUCCUCGUCAUCAGCAUCUGUUGAUUAAGAGAUCUCAGCGAUGUCGGGAAUGUGAACAUAAUCUAAGUAAGCCUGAAAUUAAUCCUUCCUCUAUCAAGUUCAAAAUUCAGUUGGCAGCAUUUUAUCAUAUUCCUGAGAUACGCAUUAGGAAAAUAUAUCCUCUCAAAUAUCUUCAGUUCAUGANUGUUUCUGCCAGAGAUGACACAGCUGAAUUUGAUGAUAUUAAUGAUAAUUUAGCAUUUAAAGACGAUCCAAACGUUGUAAUUUUUCGUAAAGCUAAUAAAAUUGCUAUUGUUAUGAAGAUUUUACCUCAAAAGAAAGAUGAUGAUAUAAAAGUUGGAUUCAAAUUACAACAUGAUUUCAUAAAUACAGUUGUUCAGCUACAAGGUGAUCAAAGGGAACCUCAAGUCAUAUGGCUAACUCAUGACAUGAUAUUAAAUUUAGGUCAUGUGUCUGAAUAAGAAAUUUACUCAUA